ACCCUUGCCGGCGGAUCGGAAUCCCCGCCCACACCGUGAUCUUUCCAGCACCGCAGACACCUGCCGGCUCCUCGCGAGCGGAGCUCAGGGCUGACCAAGCGCGGUCAGAGCGGCCGCCUCCGGGGGCUCGCCCGCUCCUUAGAGCACUGGCAGUGAUGUGCGGAUCCUCUUUGCUGCUGCUGCUGCUGCUGCUGCUGCCGCUGGGAAACUGUUGAGUGGCUGAAUGACCCCAGGGGACCCUGGGAGAGCCCUGAAGCCCUCAGCCACCAAGUUGCUGGGCUGGCAAGGGUUCAUUCAUUCAUUCAACAAAUACGAAUGUGCAGCCGGUGCUGGGGUCACAUGAUGGCUCUGGUGGGCAGCGAGGGGCCGGCUGGAGGAGCACAGUGCGGACUCUGUCGCCAUUGGGACACUGUGAACCAGGAGUGAGUCGGAGCUGCCGCGCUGCCCAGGCCAUGGACUGUGAGGUCAACAAUGGUUCCGGCCUCAGUGAUGAAUGCAUCACAAACCUACUGGUGUUUGGCUUCCUCCAAAGCUGCUCUGACAACAGCUUCCGCAGAGAGCUGGACGCGUUGGGCCACGAGCUGCCAGUGCUGGCUCCCCAGUGGGAGGGCUACGAUGAGCUGCAGACUGACGGCAACCGCAGCAGCCACUCCCGCUUGGAAAGAAUAGAGGCAGAUUCUGAAAGUCAAGAAGACAUCAUCCGGAACAUUGCCAGGCACCUCGCCCAGGUCGGGGACAGCAUGGACCGUAGCAUCCCUCCAGGCCUGGUGAACGGCCUGGCCCUGCAGCUCAGGAACACCAGCCGGUCGGAGGAGGACCGGAACAGGGACCUGGCCACUGCCCUGGAGCAGCUGCUGCAGGCCUACCCGAGAGACAUGGAGAAGGAGAAGACCAUGCUGGUGCUGGCCCUGCUGCUGGCCAAGAAGGUGGCCAGUCACACGCCGUCCUUGCUCCGUGAUGUCUUUCACACAACGGUGAAUUUUAUUAACCAGAACCUACGCACCUACGUGAGGAGCUUAGCCAGAAACGGGAUGGACUGAACGGACAGUUCCAAAAGUGUGACUGGCUAAAGCUCGAUGUGGUCACAGCUGUGUAGCUGCUUCCAGUGUAGACGGAGCCCUGGCAUGUCAACAGCGUUCCUAGAGAAGACAGGCUGGAAGAUAGCUGUGAUUUCUAUUUUAAAGACAAUGUUUUAAGCUUAUAACCCAUUUUAAAAUAUCUACAUUAAUAUACUUGAAUGAAAAUGUCCAUUUACACGUAUUUGAAUGGCCUUCAUAUCAUCCACACAUGAAUCUGCACAUUUGUAAAUCUACACAUGGUGCCUUUAUUUCCGCUGUGCAGGUUCCCACUUGAAAAUUAAAUUGAAAAGCAGGUUUCAAGGAAGUAGAAACAAAAUACAAUUUUUU